CUUCAGACAGUCUUGGAGCACCUGAAGCAGCAGGGAUGCUCAAACGUUGUCUUCGCUGACUGCCAGCACGAUGGCAACAUUAAGAAGAUUGUUCCCCUGGUUGCCAAGCUGGUGAGCAACAGCCCACGCUACCACAGGGCCGAGAGCAACGAGUACAACAUCCUGGUGAUUGGUGUGCCCAAUGUGGGCAAGUCAUCGCUUAUCAACUCCCUGCGGAGGCUGCACCUCAAAAAGGGGAAAGCCACCGCGGUUGGUGGCGAGCCAGGCAUCACCAAGGCGGUGCUGACCAGAAUCCAGGUCUGCGAGAAGCCCCUGAUGUACCUGGUGGACACACCUGGUGUGCUGCCCCCAAAGCUGUGGGAUGUGGAGACGGGCAUGAAGCUGGCGCUGUGCGGAGCCAUCCGUGACCACCUGGUGGGGGAGGACAUCAUGGCUGACUACCUCCUGUAUGCCCUGAACAAGCAGGAGCAGUUUGGGUACGUGCAGCGCUACGGGCUGGCUGAGGCCUGUGACAACAUCAAGCCUGUGCUGAGGUGCGUGGCCCUCGCCCAGGGCAGGACGCAGAAGGUGAAGGUGCUGACAGGCACGGGGAACGUCAACGUGACAAUGCUCAACUACCCAGCUGCUGCCUACAAAUUCCUGCGAGAUUUCCGGGCGGGACGCCUGGGCAGGGUGACGCUGGACUGA